AUGGGAAAGAAGAAAGAAGAAAAAAGGUCUUUGCUGGCAGACGCUGACGACGAUGACGGUGAUGACAGCGAACCUGAAAAUGGAUUUGGAACUCUCAAAGACGCAAUGGUGAAUGUCGACGACGACGAUGACGGCGACACGGACGCUUUUACCAGUCAAACUUUUACGGGUUCCUUUGACGACGAUGAUGACAUUGAUGACAAUAUUGGAGAAUCCUUUCGAUCCACCUCGUCCAGUAAUGGUGGCGGUGGUGACAGCAAUCACAGUAAGCGAAUGAGUCGGACCAGAACCUCGCAACGACGAUCAAUGCGAAACUUGACGCAGUCACCGGGUGGUCUAAGCAGUAGUGGGAGGUCUACUAGAAGAUGUGAUAGGACAAGGCAAGAUCGCAAUAAGUCUCCUGGGGCUAUUUCUCGCAAGUCGGCUACGGCAUCUCCCGGAACCCUGACUCGCAAGUCAGCUACGACAUCUCCUGGAGCAUUAUCUCGUCACUCGAUUAAUGGACCCAGAGGCGCCAGCAAUUCCCCUCAUCAUUUACGACGAGGCCCACGUUCACGCCGUCGCAGUAUGGAAGCAAACGAUAGUCCAAACAAUGACAAUUCGGCUCAUAGUUGUGGAAUUGAAAAAGGCAGUGGGAGUCAACGAAGUUCUUCUCGUCGGAGCAAAAUGGGUUCCAAUGCCAUGGGUACCAGUAUGCGCAUGCUGUAUUCCGGCCAUGCUUCCGCGGACGAGUUGACGACUCCGGAUUUGGACGAUCACGAAUCGGAUCACCAAGAAUUUGCUGAAGACAAUAUAGCUUCUUCGGAUGAUGACGGGGAUCAUGAUGCGGAAGUAGUUCUAGAUGAACUGGCGGACCUGGAGGGUCUAAUACAGGCAGCCAAGAUCAAGUGA